CCACUUUGGUACACCAACCCAAGUCCCUCUUUUCCUUUAAUUUAUCUCUUUUUUUUUUCAAUUUUUUUUUGGUUUAAUAACCAUGGGUUUUGCACAAGAAGAGAGCUUAGUGUAUGACCUGAGACUAUCUUCGGUCGGGCCAGGCCGAGUGAGUGGAACAGACGUGUUCCACAAUCCGGCCGGCCUAGACUUGGCCAUGAAACUUCACUACCUUAGAAUGAUUUAUUUCUUUGAUAGUGAGGUGGCACAAAGCCUAAGCAUCAUGCACAUAAAGGAACGAAUGUUUCCUUGGUUCAACCACUACUUCAUAACCUGCGGCCGGUUUCGGCGAUCGGAAACCGGCCGGCCGUUCAUCAAGUGCAAUGAUUGUGGAGCAAGGUUCAUUGAGGCAAAGUGUGACAAAACCUUGGAUGAGUGGCUUGAAAUGAAGGAUUGGGGUUCAUACAAGUUGUUGGCCUCUCAACAAGUCAUUGGCCCUGAAUUAUUCUUUUCUCCUCCCAUUUUGUUGCAGGUAACUCAUUUUAGGUGUGGUGGAAUUUCCUUGGGCCUUAGCUGGGCCCAUAUACUUGGUGACCCAUUUGCAGCUUCUGAGUUCAUCAACAGCUGGGGACGAUGCAUGAACUAUAUGGACCUAAACAAGCCCAUUAACAUCCCAAGACCAAUCCCAAGGCCCACCGGAACUGGACCUCAAAUGGACCCGGUCUGUGCAAAGCCGGUCGACCCGGUCGGCGACCACUGGAUCCCACCGAACAACUGCAAAAUGGUCACCUUCUCCUUCCAAGUAACUGGCUCCCAAAUGAACUACUUACAAGCCCAAAUUUGGGGCCCAAGUGCUGACCAAACCCCACCUUUUGAAUCCCUUUGUGCUGUGCUUUGGCACUGUGUGGCCCAAGUUCGGCCCGGAUUCGAGCCCAACACCGUGACGAUAUGCAAACCCGACCCGAGUCAUGGCAAUGAUAUAAUUGGCAAUAAUCAAUUCAUAAGCAAGGUUGAAGCUGGAAGUGAAUUUUCAAUGAGUGACACUAAUUUUAGGGUUUUGGCAAGCAUGCUUGCGGAACAAGGAAUCGACGAAAGGAAUCUAAUUGAAGAAGCAAUGGAAAAAGAUCAAGGGGUGGCUGAUUUCUAUGUGUAUGGUGCAAAUUUGACUUUUGUUGACUUAGAAGAAACCAAUGUGUAUGAGUUGGAAUUGAAGGGAAAAAAACCAAGGUUUGUUUACACAACAGUUCAAGGUGUUGGAGAUGAAGGAGUUGUUUUGGUUAUGCCAUGGCCUAAAGGUGCUAACAAGAAUGGCUCUGAUGGGAAAUUUGUGACCAUGAUUUUGCCUGAGGAUCAAAUUCUGAAGAUUAAAUCUGAGCUCAAGAUUAAUGGUCUUCUGCUUGAGGGUGAUUUUUAGUUAAUUAAGUUUGUGUUAUUAUUGUGCACCAAAUGUAAUAAAAUGUAAGUGCUUGUAAAACAAUAAUUGUCAUGUUAGACGUUAUGUUUGUGUGAAUGUAGCAUUUUCUAUUGGCUCUAUACGAGUUACGUUGUUUGCUAAGAUUUAUUAUUCUAUUAAGUG